AUUAUUUAUAAUCGCAUGUCGCAUAUCGAUAAAGCAAAAUACUCCGUCGCGCUCGAUAUCAGCAGAUUAUCGGUGCUGCUAUCUCGAGGCUUUGCUCAGUGGCUACGUGACAGUCCAUCUAUCAACAUUAUGGGCGAAUACAGAGCAGGGAAAGCCGGGAUCAACGCCGAAGCGCAGGCCAGGAUCAACAGCAAGUACAACGACGCCAUAGCCCAUGAAACUCUUGAGUGGAUCAAAACUCUCACCGGAUUGCCAGAAAACACGGCGGGCGACGCCGACAACUUAUACCAGGUACUCAAAGAUGGAACACUUCUAUGUCAACUAGUGAAUGCCAUCCAAGAAGGUUCAGUCAAGAAAGUGAACCAGUCUACUAUGGCCUUUAAAUGUAUGGAGAACAUCAAUGCUUUCUUAGAAGCCGCUAAGAAGUUAGGCGUCCCGCCUCAGGAGACUUUCCAAACUAUCGACCUUUGGGAAAAGCAGAAUUUGUAUUCAGUCGUCACUUGCUUGCAGUCUUUAGGCAGAAAAGCGGGCAACUAUGGAAAGCCUUCAAUCGGACCUAAAGAGGCUGAUAAGAAUGUCAGAGAAUUCAGCGAGGAACAGCUGAGGGCGGGUCAAAACGUUAUAUCUCUCCAAUACGGAACCAAUAAGGGCCAACAAUCUGGUAUUUCUUUCGGCAACACUCGCCAUAUGUGAUAGUUUUAUAUUUAAUGAAUAAAUGUUUGUAUUUUUGUACUUAA